AUGCCUCUGCUAAGUCAGGAGCCUCAUGUUAAUCAUGGUCGCCUGGAGGACUUGUACGAUAUACAACAGAAAAUCGGAGAUGGACACUUCGCUGAUGUCAAUCUUUGUGUAUGCAAAAGUUCGAACAAAAAAUAUGCGGCCAAGUUCAUAAUGAAGCAACGGAUUAACACAGGACUUCAUGGAUCAAGCGUUUCUGACAUUGACCGUGAGGCUUUCAUUCUUGCAAAUUUACAGCACGAAAAUAUUGUCAAUUUGCAUGAAGUUUUCUAUCGAGAGGAUUCUGUCGUACUUAUUUUGGACUUAGUAACUGGUGGAGAACUGUUUGCACGCGUAGCCGAAUGUGAGCGUUUAUCAGAGGAGGAGGCUUCAAAUUUUGUCCAGCAAAUUCUUUUGGGUGUCCAACAUAUGCAUGGUUUGGGGAUUGUUCACCUGGAUCUGAAGCCUGAGAAUAUAAUGAUCGAAGAUCUGGCAUCCAGAAAGAUAAAAAUUAUUGAUUUUGGCCUAGCUAGAGUGCUAAAUCCAAAUGAAAGUUUUCAAGAUAUGGCAGGAACACCGGAAUUCUGUGCUCCAGAAAUCGUCAAUUUCGAUCCGAUAACUUUUGCAACAGAUAUGUGGGCGGUUGGGGUAUUGACUUACAUUUUAUUAACUGGCAUUUCACCAUUUGCAGGAGAUACACAACUUGAAACAUUUCAAAAUAUUCUCGAUUGUAUUGUUGAUUAUUCAAGAGAGGAAAUACAAAAUGUUAGUGAUCUAGCUAAAGAUUUUAUUCAGAAACUGUUGGUGAAAAAUCCCAGGAAAAGAUCUACGGUUAAUGAAUGUCUUCAACACCCUUGGAUUAAUCCUAAAGAUAAUAAGCAGUCCAAUUAUCGACGGGAUAGCUUAAUAAGCAGAGAAAAAUUAUCCAGUUUACGACAUUUUAUAGCUACCAAUCCAAAUACCAGUGUCUUAUCUCUGAAUAGCAAUAAUAACAAUACAGAAGAGCAAGAUAAGUCUCCGUCUUUGCCUACAUCACCAUUAUCUUCUGUUGGCAUAAAUGAUAGGGUACGAUUUUCUUUGCCAGAUAGUUCUGUUAUUAACGAAGUUCAAAAUACAGUGCCAUUGGACAAAUUUACGACUGAAUCAUCUUCAUCAAAUCAAACGCUUGAAAAUAAACAGUUUUGUAAAAAAGAAUUAAAUCAGAACAGGAAUAACAUUAAAAGUGGUACUAAAAUAAUAAAAAAUGAAAAAGUCACAGUCAUAAACCACGUAUUACAAGCAAAAAAUCUAUCAACUUUCAAAACAAACACCAGUGCUUGCUCAACGAAUUCUGGAUCUUCUGUUGUCUCCCAUGUAAACAACUCCCAAAACGCUGAAAAUCUAGAUAAACAAAGAAAUAGUGAUAACCUAUCAGAUUACUCCAUUCCAAUUGACAGUGUAAAAAAGUUGAAUCCACGCAAUUCACUUUGCGAUACUGUAUCUAAGACUAGUUCCUCGCCAAUUAUUAAGAAAAUCAAUAAUAAUAGUAAUAAUAACAAUAAUUCGAGUACAAAUAUCAAUUCAAAAGUAUUCAAUGAUUUGACAAAUGAUAAAACAUUAUCAGAUUCUACUUCAAACAAAUCUACUAAUAAUAGUAGUACUGUUAGUGGUAGUUGGCGUGUAAACUUGCAAAAUAAUAUAAUUGGUCGAUUAGGUGCAGCAUUUGCCGCUGCAACUGGACAUGUCACUACUUCAACACAUCAUAUUUUAAAUGAAGUUAAUUCUUCUAGUGAUCACCAGUUAUCUGCUUCAGUUAAGUCAACCGGUAGUUCUUCCUCUACUUCCGCUAAUACUACUACCACUGCUGCUACUCCUAGCAACAACAAUACUAUUGCUUCUAGUACUACUGAUACCAUUUCUAAUACUACCAAUAAAAGUCUUAAUUUUGUUCAAUUGACUAAUAAAGAGGUGAUUGUCAAUAAAACUAAUUCAUUGAGGUCUUCAAACGAAACUAAUACCAAACAAUCCUAUUCAUCUUUUGGGGCUGUUUCUAGAGCAGUUAAAGAAUUAGAAAUUACUGCUAAUCCUUUGAAUAAUAAUAAUAAUUCCAUAACAACUAACAAUACUACUACUAACAAUAAUGGCAAUAUGGUUGACUUGAAAAUUGUUCGCAGAUUUCAAACUUUAGGAAUGAAUCAACUAACUGAAACAACAUGUGUUAAUCGUCCUUUGAUAAAUGGAUAUCCAAAUGAAAAGCCUAGCUCACAUCGUGGACCAUUAUCUAACUCAUCGAAUAGACUGAUGGUCAGUAGAUUACAAGAAAUGUUUGAAAGUGGCAAUACAAAAUCAUCACCGGGUUGUCAAACUAAUCGGACUAAUAAAACACUUGUUUCUGUUAUUCAUAAUAAUAAUCAUAACAACAAUAAUAAUAAUACCAUACCGGUUAAACUUAACACUACUACUACUAACUGUACUACUGCUAUUACAACUACUUCUACCAGUAAACGUCUUUCUAUCAAUUAA